CCACCCAAUCAGAGCCGGGCGGGGAGGGACUGCAGUAAAGUGAGCGGUAGUAGCUGUAUGGGAGGUUCCGUUUUUAGUUUUUGUUGACGGGAAGUUUUGCAGAACUGGAAUCGAAUAGGAUGAAAUUUAGAAACAUAUUUCUGUGAGACCUCCACAGUUGUUUUGACGGGACUCCUCUUCGUGGAAAGGAUCGUGGUGAGCCGCCAUGCCGCUGGUGACGAGGAAUAUCGAGCCGCGGCACCUCUGCCGCCAGUCUCUGCCCAAGACCAUCAAGAGUGAGCUGGAGUGUGUCACAAACAUCACCCUGGCCAACAUCAUCCGCCAGCUUGGCAGCCUCAGCAAGUCUGCAGAGGAUAUCUUCGGAGAGCUCUUCCUGCAGGCCAGCCACUUCUCUCUGCGAGUCAACUCCCUGGGAGAGAGGGUCGACCGACUGCAGGUCAAAGUGACGCAGCUCGACCCCAAGGAGGAGGAAGUGUCUUUGCAGGCCAUCACCACCAAGAAGGCGUUCAAAAGCUGUGGCACUCAGGACCAGCAGCUCUUCAUCAGGACCUCCCUGCCCCUCCCUGUUCAGGAAACCUACAGCAUGUGUAACCAGCCCCCACCACUCAACAACCUGAGCAUGUACAGGGAUGAUGGGAAGGAAGCUCUCAAGUUCUACACUGAUCCCUCCUAUUUCUUUGAAUUGUGGAAGGAGAAGAUGCUUCAGGACACCAAAGACAUCAUGAAAGAGAGGCGCAAGCACAGGAAAGAGAAGAAGGACAACCCCAGAGGAAACCUGAACCCCCGCAAGAUCAAGACGCGCAAGGAGGAGUGGGAGAGGCUCAAGAUGGGCAAGGAAUUUGUGGAGCCCAAGCCUGGAGACGCCAUCAACUCCAAUGAGAUGAACGGCAGCAUCAGCUCUGGGGAUGGGGGGUACGACGGCUACGUGGAUCAGAACCAGAGCUACGAUCCCCCACCCCCUCCCAUGUCUCCCGAUGACUUCCUGCCCCCACCUCCCCCGGACAUGAGUUACCAGAUAGGCGGUCAGCAGGGUUUAGCCCAACAGAAGCGCUCCAGUCUGGUGUCUCCCAGCCACCCCCCCCCUGCCCCCCCAGGCUCUUCUCUUGAUGGCAGACCAGGUUUUGCCCCACCCCCAGCUCCAGCUCCUCCCCCUCCCCCACCCCCUGGCAUGGGAGCCCCGCCUCCUCUCUCUGGAUUUAAUGCCCCACCCCCUCCCCCACCCCCUCCUGCUCCCGGAUUGGCUCCUGACACAUUCACCACCCCACCGGCCCCGCCUCCUCCUCCCUUCAUGCUGGACUCCUCUGCCCUGCCUCAACCCCCCUCCUUACCCCCUCUUGCUGGGGGACCCCCCCCACCCCCUCCUCCUCCCCCUCCCCCAGGACCACCCCCUCCUCCUUCUGCUGGCCCCCCAGCUCCCCCUCUCUCCUCUGGCAAUAUCGGGGUCCCCCAUGCCCCCCAGCCUAGCACCCCCAAAGCCCAGGCCCCGGUCGGUGAUGCUCACAGUGACCUGCUGCAAGCGAUCCGGCAAGGGUUCAACCUGCGCAAGGUGGAGGAGCAGCGUGAGCAGGAGAAGCGAGACCACGUGGGCAAUGACGUGGCUGCCAUCCUGUCCCGCCGCAUCGCCGUCGAGUGCAGCGACUCCGAGGACGACUCCUCUGAGUUCGGAGAUGAAGACUGGUCUGACUAGCCCCCCCCCCCUCACUCAGCGGACCCCCGCCAGCUCACAUUGAUUAUCUGUCUGUCUGUGUGUGUGUUUCUUUACGGUUUGUAAUAACAGGACAAAUCUGAGUCCUUGGAUCAUGCCAGAACCCUUACCUACUUGAGAAACCCUUAAUCACACAGUGUGAUUUUUAUCACUGUAUCUGUGCCGUGGAGGCUGCACAGUAAUACUAGACUAGACCUUAAUACAGCCAGCAAUCCUGUAAUGAUUUAUAAUGGAGUCUGUUGCAGCCCUCUAAACCUAGAUUUGUUGGGAUGCCUGUUUUUUCAUAUUUCUCACAAGAGGAAAAAAAAAGUUGAUCAAAGAGCCCUGUAAGAAAAGAGAGAGAGAGAGAUCUGUGUUUUUACCAAAGUCUGCAUCAGAGUGAAUAUACGUCACUGCAGCCAAGCAGGAUUAGUGAGGCUCUGUCAUUUGGAAACUCCAUCACAGGAAGCAAGUCAUAAACAGAUUAAUAAUUCAUCCAGGAGUCUUUGAAUGGCAUCCCCGGUACACAGAGCCUGCUUCCCUCCCUGCUGUAAUCUGCAUGCCAAAAACCGUCCGCUCCUCCCGCGUCACUUUCCUGUCCUCUAAAUAUUCAGUAGCUGGACCAUCCUUGUGAUCUGCCAGCGCUUAAAAUAGCAGUGUCAUCCUUCAGGUCUGUACUAGUCCUGUGAGUAUAAACUUAACAGAGUGCCAAACACACCACACUGUACAGAACCACAGGGUCAGGGAUAUCCGCCAAAGUGUUAAUACCCAAGAUGGGCAAAAACUAGAAAAAGGGGUUUUAUUGAAAAAAGGGUCUGCUCAGUGAUGGAUCGUCUGUGGUUCCUGAGGAAGAACAUGCAGACUUGUAUCUGCAGCAAUCAAUGGUUUGUCUGAUGGGUGGGUUUCGUAGAAUGAGCCCCAAUCCAAAGCUUCCUUAUAUACAUCAUGCUUAUCCUGUUGCUUUCUAAUUAUAAUUGAGAUUUUUCUUGUGGCAUGUCGGGUGUUUUAUACAUAUUGAUUUAUUACUGCUGUCCUGCAGAAGGAUGGUUCUAUGCAAUGCAAUGUAAUAGGAAUAGUAAUCGCAGUGUCUUUUUAAAAGGGAUUGGGUUUAUUUAUGUGAUUGUGCAGGUAGCCCUUGUGUUUAGUGAAAUUGUGCCUUAAUUCUGCAGCAAGAUGUUUAGUGCCUUGGGAAGUAGGGUGUGCCAGAGGGAUGAGAGCAGAGAGGCGGAGGCAAGGCCAAAUUCAGGGUCCAUUUCCACCCACCUCCGUUCAUGGCAUAAACAGAGCAAAAUAUAUUUGCAGAUUGAACUAACAUGUGAUUGGUGGAGUAUAGAUCGAAUCAGGAUUGACAUUACUGAGCAUUAACUCAGUGUUUGAAUCAGACACCUCAACCCUGGUGAAAUAUACUGCCCCCUGCUGGCAGACAGAGGUAGGGAUGGUGCAGUCCAGGUUUGCUCUGACACCAGAACAAUACAGUUGGACAAAGACAAGAAACAUAAGAAACUGUGAUCUUUGAAACUGUUACAGUUUGAGUCAGAACCAAAUCGUUUUUAAAAUGUGUUUUUCAUAUUUCAUGAUGUGUAAAGGCUUCAAUUCCCGUAAGACAGUGGUUCCCAGCAUUUUCCAAAGUGAUGAAUGCCUUAUGGUUUUUAUGUUUAGGGAUUUUUGCCAGCGUGGGACCAAAAUGCAAACCUGUAAUUGUACUAGAACCUGUACAAGUACCGUUAACAUAGAGAUCAGGAGUACUCUUUAAGGAAGCACUUGUAGACACAAAGCUUGCUCUUUCCUUAUUCCCUGAUUUCACUGGAAUCCUGGUAAAUUCAUGUCAUCAUGUGAUGCAGGGAGAGGAACGGGAAGCUUCAUUUGUAUUCCUCUGCGUACUGCAGUUAUUGUAACCAGCUGCUUCUAUUAGCAGAGUUAAGUAAAUGGUUAGAGAAUUAAAAGCACAAAAAUGAUAUCCAUGCAAGGCCAUUCUCGUAUAUAAAACCAUAUUUUUUAAAAGUUCCAGAAGGUAACCUAGGGAAAGUUCCUCCACCCCGAAGCCUGCUGCAGAAUGCCCUCUGCAACUCCAACUCCAGCCCUCCCACUUUCACACACAGCACUGUGACCACAUCUAAAGUAUUGCCAAAAAUGAUGUACUUUGUAACCAAGAAAUCUCUGUGCAAUUCUCUUCUACUGUAACUAUAGCUUUGUGUGUAUCCCUGUUCAAAGGGUGUUAUGGUGUGCUUGCUGGAGAGCCGCUGUAGCUCCAAGUCUAUGCAAUUGCUCUCUUUGGGCGUCUCUGUCCAGUCAGUCUGAAAGGGGUUCAGCAAGGAGUGUCUUUGCUGUGCAGGGUUCACAAUUUGUGCAUAGCUUUUGCUGUGUUAAAUAUUAUACCUAUCCUUUUAAAUGAACCAGUUCUUCCAGCACAGCCUAUAGAAACCAUAACACCCUUUCUUUUUCUUGUCAACUAAUACUGUAUUAAAGUGCCUUUUUAAAAUGAAAUGAUUUACUUCACUGAUGAUCUAUGCAAUAAUACACAUGUAUUGCUGUUUAACUAUUAACAAUGUGCUUGUAAGAUAACAUAGCUGUCAACAAACUUUUGUAGUUGAAUCAAUUCAUUGUAGCAGAGACUAUUCUUUAUAUAGAUAUAUAUUACACACACACACUUUUCAGGGGUAAUAGCCACCAUGAGUUUAGUAUUAAUAUUUUGCUAUUAAUGGUCAAACUCUCUUGCAGUAAAACCUGAUGAUUAGACGUUA